UAGUGUCGGGUUAUCGAGUCACGACUGUAUUUGUGUUCACUUGGUGGACUUUUAUCACCUUGAGGAGCACCUGUCCAACACUGACUUUUAGACGCUUUGUUGAAUGUACAGGAUUCACACACUUACUCGUGCUUCUAUGAGCCUCAGUCAAUAUCUUCCAGACUUUCACCGCUACUGUUCCUCUGGUCCAGUCCAGUUCUCACUGAGGCUCCCAGAAGCACCACAAGCUGAAUGACUGAGAAUCUACACAUCCUUCACUGGUGUUAUUUUUCAGAUGGGAUUGAUUCCCAGAGUUGAGUCGGUCCAAGACUUCUGCUCCCAGAGUGACCUCGACUCUUUCCGCCGCUUUCAUUGUACUGGAUUGGCUGCUGACCCCAGCUCUCAGGAGUCACUACCAGAAGUCUGUGAGGAACUGAUCAAGAGCCUGUCGGCACGAAUCCACAAAGGAGCUGUUCCUUGCAGCUGUAACGUCAUUGGCUCUCUUGGACCUUACUGCAGUAAAGUGGGCGGACUCUGCGAAUGUAAACCCAACGUGAUUGGUCGUUGCUGUGAUACCUGUGCACCGCUGAUGUUCGGCUUCGGAUCCGAAGGCUGCAAAUCUUGUGAGUGCGACCCUCGCGGCUCGGUGUCAGAGCUGUGUGACCAGGUCAGAGGUCAGUGCGCCUGCCGGGCCGAGGUGGCGGGUCGGCGCUGCGACCGCUGUCAGACAGGAUACUGGGGAUUCCCACAGUGUCGAGCCUGUCAAUGCAACGGACUGUCGGAGGACUGCGAUGCAGAGAGCGGAGAGUGUCGGAGCUGCAGGGAGCACAGCGCCGGACCCAACUGCGACAGAUGUGUGGAGGGAUACCAUGGUAACCCGGCUUCCGGACAGCCCUGUCAGCCCUGCCUCUGCCCAGACGUUGUAAGCAGCGGACGAUUCUUCGCCACUUCCUGCCAAUACGACCCCCAGUCCCUCAGUCUGUCCUGUAACUGCCAGCAGGGGCACACAGGUGCACGUUGCGACAGAUGCAGCCCCGGUUUCUAUGGCGACCUGACGUUGCCGGAUGCCUUCUGCAAAGAGUGUCCGUGCAACAGCAACAUCGACCUCAGCGAUCGCGACGCCUGCGAUGGCACAACAGGAGAAUGUCUGCGCUGCCUUCACAACACAAUGGGACCGCGCUGCCAGACCUGCAAACCUGGUUACUACGGCAACGCCCUGGACCAGGACUGCAAAGAAUGCUCCUGUGACCGGCGGGGGACACAGGUGACCCAGUGUCCUCUGGGGAGUCCCUGUUUCUGUGAUCCAGUCACAGGACAGUGUCCCUGCAGGACGGAGGUGAUUGGAGACCUCUGUGACGAGUGUGGGGACGGAUACUGGAACCUGGACGGAGCUUCAGGAUGUCAGGCCUGCAACUGUGAUUCCGUCAACUCUUUGUCCAACAUCUGCAACAAGGUGACGGGUCAGUGUCCAUGUCGUCCUGAGUUUGGAGGAAGACAGUGUGACGAAUGUGGAGAAAAUCACUUUGGGAAUCCAGACCUGCAGUGUGUCUCUUGUGACUGUAACUUGGAGGGAACAGAACGUCCGUCAUGUGACCCUGAAACCGGCGAGUGCAUCUGUCGGGUCGGCGUCACCGGUAUCUUCUGUGACGAGUGUGCCCCCGGCUACGACUCGGCGUUCCCAUACUGUGAGCAGUGCCAUGCCUGCACCGCCCUCUGGACUGAAAACGUCACCGAUGUCCAGCGAGCCGCCCAGAGGAUGAGAACCUUCAUCCCUCGCCACGACGACGAUGUGCACCUCACAGGACGUCACCACCGGCAACGGAUGUUGGAGAUGCACUCCAAGCUGGACAGCCACUCGAACCUGACGGGACUGUCCCUGCCAAAGGUGGAGAAGAUGCAGAAGCUGUUUUUGAGGAUCAGAAAGCUGAAAGAUGCUAUUGAUCCAAACGUGAUCCUGAUCGACCCCUCUCCUCUCCUCAACACUGAAAUCGACAACAUUCAUCUGGAGUUCAAGAAGCUGCUGAACAGCUUGAAGGAGAAACUCAUUAAGGACUCACGCAAUGAGGACAAAGAACAACUAGAAGAGCUGCUGGAUGAGAUCCAGAAGCUUCAUAAAUCCUUCAUGUCAGAUGAGAAGAGGGUGAGAAAUGCUAACAAAGCUGUCGAGGACUCUAUGGACGCCAGACAGGAGGUCAAACGCAAACUGAGCACGUGCAACAGCAAAGGAGAUCUGGUGCCGCUGGAGAAGAAGGUCAAUGGCAUCAGUGUGGUUGAUCUCAACCAACAGAUCUGUGGAGCUCCAGCUCUGGAGGACUGUUCAGGAUGCGGUGGAGCACUCUGUGUUCUGGCUCUGGGUCCAAGGAAGUGUGGAGGUCCGAACUGUGACGGAGUCGUUCCCAUCAGUCAGAAAGCUUCAGAAACAGCAGAGAAAGUGAAGGAGCAGCUCAUCAACCUCCCAUCCAGGCUGCAGGAGUCCAAGAACAAGAUCAAUGAUGCAAAACGAGCAGCUCAGGACACCAAAGACCAGGCGAAGGACCUGCAGGACCAGAUCCACAGCAACGCCGACUCCAUGGAGAGAGAGAAAAACAAGACCAAGGAGCUCAUCCAGCGAGUCAAAGACUACCUGUUGGACGACAUGGUUCCUCCAGAGGACAUCGAGAAAAUGGCCAAAGCUGUUCUGAACAUCCAACUGCCACGAUCACCCAAUCAGAUCCAAUCGAUGAUCGAUGACAUCAAUAAUCUGGUGAUCAAUGCAACCAAAUUCCAGGACGACCUGAAGAAUCUGGAGAAUCAAGCCAAGACUGCCCAGGAUCUACAGCAGAAAGCUCAGGAGCUCAGGGAGCGGACGAAGAACAUUGACGUGAAAGACAUCAGCAGAGACAUUUAUCAAGCAGAGAGAGCUCAGGACGAAGCCAACAACAACUUGGAGACAGCCAGCCAAGACAGAGACGAGGCCAAGGACAGAAUCCAAGAAACUAAAGACAAACUGGAUGAUAUGGAGGCGAAUCUGAUGAAUCCAUCUGACCAUCUGUUGAAAGAGAUCGAAGCUGUGAAGAACAAAACUGAACAGAACAGAGAGAUGGCCCGAGAGGCUCGACAGGCUGCAGAAUCUGCUUUAAGCAAUGCUACAGAAACGCAGACGGAGCUGGAUGAUGUAAUGAAGCUAUUUGAGGUUCUGAAGCAGAAACAGUUGAAUCAGACUGUUAGUGGUGAAGCUGCAGAUCAACUGAAAAACAUCAUGAAGGAGGCUGAGGACGUCCAGAGAGAAGUGGAGGACAAACUCCGACAGAUACAAGAGUUGGAGCAGAAGAUCCAGCAGCUGCUUCAGAGGAAAAACCAGAAAGCAGCUGAAGUGUCUGAGUUGCUGCAGACGGUGGAUUCACUGCGACAGGAGAUCUCCAGCCGAGCCGAAGGAUACAUCACAUGUACCUCAUAAACACUGCACAGUACUGCAGGACUGCUCUUAUACACACUCAGAGUUGUAAACAGCACGUGGGAUGAUGGAAUCUUUAUUGAUUGAUUUAUUAAAGGUCGUGAAAUAUGACAAAAUUUGCUUGUUUAAAAAUAUACAUACAGCAAAUUGAAGUAUCAGUUUUUGUGAUGGAGAACGUGUGAAUUAAAUUUUCUUUAUUUUUUUUGAUUUUCGGCUUUAUUUGACAGGAUAGUAGAGAGUAAGACAGGAAAGUAGGGAGAAGAAGAGUGGAGGAAGGACCUGCAGCAAAUGGCCAUGGGCCGGAUUUGAACCCAUGGCCACUGCAUCGGGGACUACAGCCCUGAUUAUUGGUCGCCCGCUCAACCCGUUAAGCUGCACAGGCGCCUUGUCAAUUCAAUUUUCUUAGUUUCGUGGCCUCUUAACGUCUCCUGAGUGGUUCUGAUCGACUCCAGCUGCUGACUCCUCUGAUCCAGUUUCAACAGAACCAUCUGAUCCACUCAUUAGACUCAGAUUCUACAGUGGGAACGUCUGAGGAACCAGUCAGGAAGUCACAUGGAGCCAUUUCAGAGCAGCUUCAGAUCCAGAACCAUCAGUGUGUCAGCAUAAAGUUC